AUUAGUUGGUCACUCAUAAUACGGUGACUAGAUGUUUUCCUCCCAAGAUACCUCUUUACAUGGUAUCAGAGCAAGAGUCCUAGGGUUUAGGUUAAACAUCUAGCAAAAGUACUGUUCACGGCGCACUGUUCACGCCGGCACUGUUCACGCGUACUGUUCACGCGUCUCGAGUUUUGACCCUUUCUUGGGUUUGAAGUGCUAUUCGCUAUGGCUGAAAGUUUAUCAAAAAGUAUUGUGACGUCCACUAAUAUUAUGCCAAUGGUGAUGCCUCAAAUCACAAAUUGGAAGUUGAAUGAUACCAAUUAUCAACAGUGGUCAAAAGCUGUUAAGAUUUAUCUGACAGGCUUAGGAAAGCAACGUUAUCUCAUAGAUGACUCUCCUACGGAGGAUAGCAAGAAACUAAUGUGGAUUCAAGAGGAUGCCCAAAUUCUUGGAGCAAUAUGGAAUUCUAUGGAGCCACGAAUUGCUUACAUGUGUUCUCAUUGUGAGACAACAAAAGAAGUUUGGGAUUAUGUCCGGUUAUUAUAUUGCAGUAAUCUCUCACGGAUGUUUGAUAUUUCUUUGGAGUAUUUUCAGUUGCAACAAGAUAACAAGACAGUAACUGAAUACUUUGCUGAUCUUAAGCGAGUCUCAGAGGAAUUAAAUGCUGUAAUGCCUCUCUCAAGUGAUAUCAAGGUUAUGCAGAGGCAAAGAGAACAAAUGCUUGUGCUCAAAUUCCUGGCUGGUCUCAAGCCGGAAUUUGAACCAAUCAAAUCUCAAAUUUUAGCAGGUGAACAAUUACCAUCCUUUGCAGAGGCAUAUGCUCGGGUCUUACGUUCUGCAUCUAAGGACAAUGCACAGGGUGAUGGUGCUUUAAUUAAUGACAAAUCUGCUUUAAUUGCUAACAAUAAUCGGACAGAGCAACUUAAUUUUGGACGUGGCUCUCGUGGAGGAAGAAGUAGAGGAGGUCGUGGGGGUCGUGGAGGUCGAGGCACCCGUGAGUGCAAUCAUUGUGGUUUAAAGAAUCACACUCGUGAUACUUGUUGGGAUUUAAAUGAAAAACCACCUCGGUUUGUUAAUACGGUUACCACUGAUCAAACUGAAUCAAGUUCUUUAGCACAAGGGUCUCAGAAGACUGUUACCAUAUCUGAGGAAGAUUAUAUCAAAUUUCUGCAGUACCAAACUGCAAAUCACGCAUCUCUUCCCUCUACUUCUGUAGCACAAAAAGGUAAUGCUAUGGCUUGUCUCUCCACAUCAUCUAAUUUUGACUCAUGGAUCAUUGAUUCCGGAGCUACUGAUCAUAUGUCAGGAUUUGAAGACAAAGAGGACGAUUGGUGGAGGACAUGAGCAUAAUGGUCUUUACUUUCUCAACUCUAAUGGUCCGAUUGCGUGCCCUGCUACUGUUUCUCCUCUUAAAAUUCACUGUCGUUUGGGUCAUCCGUCUCUACAAAAUUUGAAGAAGUUGGUCCCUACCUUGAGUCAGUUGUCUUCAUUAGAAUGUGAGUCUUGUCAAUUAGGAAAGCAUCAUCGUGUUUCUUUUGUCCCUAGAGUCAAUAAACGGG